CACAGAGAUCUAGGUGAGGUUUAAAGAGAUUAAUCUCACUCCAAAUAUAAAUACACGACAAGAAGAUAACUAUUAUUUAGGAAAACGAAAAACGCCAAGAUUUUAUUCUCAAAGCCAUGGAGAGGAAAUGUUCUUCUGUCAAUGUUAUUAAUCACUACUACGCAUUUCUUUUUUGUACUAUAUCUUUGAGAAUUUUAUUUUGCAAAUGCUAGUUAAUGAAUUCCUUUAUUAUUAUCAGCUGUCUUUUCGACAAGCUACAAAAAAUUCUAAGGAAACUUCAAGUGCUUGCCACUCUAGAAAAAAAAAGGUUCCAGGAAAGGUAAAUGAAAAGGGUUACCUUCGGUCACCAUUACAUCAUCACACUAACACAAGCAUUACGACCACAAUAAUUUUGGAUUUACGGGGUUUGCUUAUAAAUUGAUAUCCUGUUUCCUUAGUCCUGUGCAAAACAUAAAUAAAUAUAGAUUCCUUUGAAAAGUUAAUAAAUGUCCAAUAAGUUUUUCUGUAUGUAAUAUCCCGGUCUAGGGAUAAUUAUAACAUACACAUUUCCGAAUCAGUUGGAAACAUUUUUGUAAGGGCAAUAUAUAAGGGUUACGCGGGUCAUCGACAAUUUAUAGGCUCACUAUCUCCAUAAAAUCUAGUUUGUUUCGAUUUCCGAGGUAAAAUACAAGGAAAAAAAUGAAAGGAAAUUUAUGCUCUACAGCUGAAGGAAACGCCUACUUGGCAAGGUGGUUUGGCCUCUUUAAGGCGUUAAUUGAACUUUUUAUAUGACACUGUCAAAAAGCUGACACGAGGACCUUUAAUUAAUUUUCUCCUCGUGCCCAAAAAGGAACCAAAAUGUGCCAAAUAUCUACAUUUUUCGCUAUGAAAUGGAACAAGAUGGUGUUUUUUAUUUUCGAGCGCAAAUUUAAUUACUUUCGAGCCUUUUAAUAUGAUGUACAAAGGUCUACAAAGCUUCGAAAGCUCAAAAAGAGUUACGAUCUGUCAAUUUGAGUGUUGCUACCAAAACUGAUAAAAUUACAAGUUUCGAUCUUCCGUGACAUCCUGUCAGCGAGUCUAUCAUCUACUUGGAAGAAGACUGUGAUUAUGGGGUUUAUUAUUUAAAGCAAGUCGACGAAGAUGUUUACUUAGCUAAGUAUACGCCUGUGAAUAUUGCAUGGAGUAAAAGAGUCAUUGCACCUGUAGUUUGCCCAUAGAAAUCAUAUUUUAGUACUACACGUCAUUCUAUGUCAAUUAAAACACAGUUUGGGAACGCCCCUGCUAUGAAUUACCGUUGCAGAUCCUGCAGAUUAAGACUGUCGCGAUCGAUAACGAAGUCCGCACCGUGGAUUCAAUUCAUUUUGGUUGGCCCCCGUUAUCUCAGACCAGUAUCUCGCUUUUGUUUUGUGUUUCGAGAAAAGAUUGAAACACUUAAGUCUCUUUGGCCGGCACCUUUUGUAGAUAGACAGAUUAAAUAAUGCAAGUGCAGUGAUAUCCGAAACACUAAAGUGAAGAGUAUUGCAAGCCAAGCAAAUAAACUUUUGGGGAGUGACUGUUGUCACAGUUCGUCGCGUCGCCAAGGCACCUAAGAUCCUUGGGAAUGACAUGGACUUAUAUAAACAAAUGCCCUUUAUGAUUAAAAGUGACUUCGAAAGACACAAUCAACCAGCGAAGCGACUCUGUUAUCAUCUUUAGUGUUUUAAGACCGAGCAUCCUUCAGUUUCAUCUCGAAGCCAAAUAACGUGCCGUAGUCAUCGAUCGCUACAAAGUGGAAACUUCUCCAACGCGGUCCAUUGAACUCACAGCGAUAAAAGAUUCAUCUUGUACACAUUUGCAACUGUUACAUUUUCUGUUAAAUUUUUCAAGAGUAAAACCUUUCUCCCCAAAAGACAAAAAACAUCGGCGUCGUCGGCAAUCGUUGAACGGUCGGUUCUGCAGUUUCUAAGAUGAGUAAUUUGACUGAAAAGAACACAACGCAACCGAAGGAGGAGGACGAAGGAACUCUUCAGUUACCUGGUGCAACAUAUUUGAUAGUCGCGUUGGGUUUUUGCGCCAAUUCGUUCAUAUGUUUCGCAUUUUGUUACUACCGAAGGAUACGGACAGUGCACAACUAUUUUGUUUUCAAUCUGGCCAUCAGUGACUUAUUAGCUCUCGUGUCGUUAUGCCUGUUCCUCGCGUUCCCGGCCAUGCUAAAGACGAUGUCAGACGAAAACUGGAAGAUUCUUGAAAUGUUUUUGAUCAUGUUUGAUACAUUUUGUGGCUCGGCCAGCGUUGCUAACUUGACAGUCAUAAGUUAUGAUCGCUAUUACUCCGUUACUAAACCACUGCACUACACUGCGAACAUAACACACAGAAAAGCCGUUCUUUUCAUUGUUUGCAUUUGGGGAUACGCGCUGGUUGUCGCACUCUUGCAGCUGCUCUACUUUGUACCAGACGUUUUCAAGUACGGAUACAGUCCGUUCCUGGUGCUUUUCAACUCGGCGAUCCCCUUGGCUGUAACACUGUACUGUUACAUCACAAUCUUCAUCAUCGCUUCCAGCCACCUACGCAACAACCCACACCGAAGUCAAGACCCAAGCGCGCCCGCCAACAUCUUGACUAAGAACUUAAAAAUAUCAUUUCAUAUCCUAGUUCUCGUGGCACCUCUUUUGGUCUGCUGGAGUUAUUACUACGCAAUAAUCGUUGUCGAGGUGUACUGCUUGGAUUGCAUACCCUUAACACCUUUUGAGAACUGGAUGGUUAGUAUGAUGACUCACAUCAUGGCGCUAGUCGAUCCCCUAAUUUACAUUUUUCUCACUAAAGAUUUUAGGAAGAUCAUUUUCAGUUGUUUCAAACCCGGGAAUCGCCCAUAUUCCGUCAGUGAGACUUUUCAUCUUUCGACCACAAGAUCAACAAAUGCCCAUGCAUCGCCAGGGACGGGCUCGGAAACGUUUAUCAUGGAUGAAGAUCAAAUGGCUUCAUCUUAUCGCCGUUAUUGAAAAUGCUGGCAGCCGGUUUUGUGGCCCUGAAAACGUGAUUUGCAACACUGUGAUAUAAGAGAUUCUAUAUAAAGGGAAACAUUGCUGGGCGACGCUGAAACAAGACUGUGGAGCGGAAACAAAAGCAAAACAGAACCAGACAUGAAUAUUGAAAAACUAAAUAUUAUGGAACUAUGUGUUCAAGAAAAACAAAAGAAAGACAAGGGAUUAUUCGAAGACCAUUAAAUAAACAACAACGGGUUCAACUUCUAUACAUACAUCAAAAAAUUAUCUUCUAAAGUUGCAAGCAGGUGCAGGGUAAAAAAAAAAUUAGAAUUUCAUUCUGCGUUCAGAUCUUGAGAUUAAAAGGGAAGAGAAAAAAAAAAAAAAAAAAAAAAAAAAA